AUGGACGGGCCGGCGGUAUUAUCGAUGCCGCCGAUAACCGCGCCCCAAAAAUCAGCACAGUCGCCGCAGCCACAGUCGCAUUCGAAAUCCAAUCAGGAGUUGCAGGUGAGCACCGUGUCCCUCUACGGGAUCCACAUCGUCUCCUUGGUGAUCGAGGGCCAGGAACGGCUCUGUUUGGCCCAGAUCAGCAACACGUUGCUGAAACACUUCAGCUACAACGAGAUUCACAAUCGUCGGGUCGCGUUGGGGAUCACAUGCGUGCAGUGCACGCCCGUCCAAUUGGAGAUCCUCCGUCGGGCCGGCGCAAUGCCGGCCUCAUCGAGAAGAUGCGGCAUGAUUACGCGAAGGGAAGCCGAGCGUCUUUGCAAAUCGUUCCUCGGCGACAAUGCACCGCCCAGACUGCCCGAGGACUUCGCCUUCUCCGUCCACCACGAAUGCGCUUGGGGCUGCAGCGGCGCGUUCCUUCCAGCCCGUUACAACAGCUCCCGAGCGAAGUGCAUCAAAUGCGCCUACUGUGGCCUCUUCUUCUCCCCGAACAAAUUCAUUUUCCACUCCCACCGUAUCGGCCCGUCGGACAAAUACGUCCAGCCGGACGCUGCGAACUUCAAUUCCUGGCGACGUCACAUGAAGCUCUCUGGUAGCCCGCCGGACGAGGUGGUCCAUGCCUGGGAGGACGUCAAAGCGAUGUUCAACGGCGGGACCAGAAAGCGAUUACUCAACAAUCCGAGUUCGAGAGAGUCGCCCAGCCCAGCGAAACAACCGAGAUCAUCGCCCACCGGUCAGAUACCAGCCCUUGGCCCGUCGCCGACGCAUCCAAGGGUCCCGCCAUUCCCCGAGCUGCCUCUACCGUUGUCCAGAAGCCUAGUCAUGGACUACGUGUGGCAUCAGCAUCAACAGGCUGCCGCUGUCGCAGCCGCUAAGACACCUGGUUUCCCGUUCCCACCUUACGCCCUGCCUUGGCUGGCCAAGAGAGGUCCUGUGCUGUUCCCCGGACCACUACCACCGCCCAUAAGCGGUUCCAGUCCCACCGAACCACUGCUACCGGCAGUGAAUCCAACAUUGCAUCAAUCCGCCUUUCGUCCUGUGAUUCGUGGGCCGCCGAUCGUCGAAUCGGUCACCCAAGAACGACCACCGGACACGUCGGUGGCCAACAACGACGACAAUUCCGACGACGAGGUGGACAUCGAAACGACAGAAGACGAUCCAGUGACGCCUGUCGCUGCUCAGAAUCUUCAUUCGCUAUCGAAAUCGUCCACCGGAAGUCACAGCGGCCGGAACUCGCCACAGUGCUGGAGUCCUCCUCGAGAAACGGAACGGGAGGCUGAGAAGAUCGCCGAGGAAGCGGCAGCCAUACGCGACGUGAAACCGGAACUUCAGCCCGCGAGAAGUCCCGAAAACUGGCAGGGAAACACUUUUUAUCGACAUCUGAGCGCGUUAAAGGGAAACGAGCCGACGGAGAGAACGGGCACGGAUUGUUCGGCCUGCCAUCCACGUGGAAUAUUUUACGGGCAGAUUCACAGUCCGUCUGCGUCCACUAAUUAA